GUCGCCGUCCGUGAUACACCUAGAAACCACGUUCACGGUUCCGUUCUUGUACCAACGGAAUCAAUAUUGGCACCGUAGCAGUGAUCCUUGUGAUAUUAUAUUUAGCAUGUGACUCAACCUUGCCGGUUGCCUCGUCGACCGAAUCCGAACUCCGGUCUUGCCGUGAUGGGGACCAGGUCACCAGGUGGUAGGGAGGUUUAUAAAGACAGUAGUAAACUCUCUCGAUAAUGCUUUUCCGAUUCCCUAGUCUUUCUCAUCAUCGCUCAUGCACGACCCGUCAUCCCCCCGCAAAUUAAAGAGAUAACGUCGCGUUAAGAUGCGGGCUUCCCGAGUUCUCGGCGCCAUCGCCAUGGCCGGCAGCGUGUCUGGCGCCGCUCUGAAUAAAAGACUCUGCCUGUUCCCAGAGCCGGAGCGGAGAAUCUGCUACUCGGAGCCGGGUGCGACCCCGCAGGACUUGGACGUGCGCGAGAUCAACUUCGUGGCCGAGUACCUUCGGGCAUACCAAGAAGAGAUCCUUUCGCAGGGCGGGUCGCCGUUCUGGAAGAUGCCGCUGCCCGACGCCGACAACUGCGGCGAGUGGCAGGUGACCAGCAAGGGGUCAACUUGGGUUAUGGCUAAGCUGGUUGGCGAUGAACCGGCCGGCGUGCUGUUUGCCGACAUCGCCGCCACCAUCGACGGCCUCACGCUGGAGGAUCCGACGACAGCGCUGUUGAACUGCAGCACCGCCGGCGGCCAGAUGGGCACCAUCGUCGACGAGGCCAACCCUUACUACCAGACCCAGCUGUUCGAAGGCUUCACCAACAAGGGCAUCAUCAUCAAGCUCGUCAAGAGCCCCUCGUGAGAACGUUUGCACUCGGGACUGGACAGCGCC